AUGGUGUUUGUUUUACUAUUGAUGAUAGCCGGUGUAACGGCCCGACGUAUCCCAGACGAUGUUAAAGAACAUUCUGUUGUCUAUCACACAAAUACUGGUUACCAAGGUGAACUACAUAGCCACAAUAUCGUUAAAAGAGAUCAACAUGCCCAGGAUGUAGCGAGAAAUGCUGCAAACGAUCGCAUCAACAAAAUAAACGAUGAAAACGAUCAUAGAUUGAGAACUAACGCGUAUACAUCGGAAGUUGAAACAACGGAGCGUAUCCAUCAAGGUAAUAUAUACACCAAUGUCAAAAACAUCGACCAAAGAAAUCACGGUCACGACAAGAUAGAUCUGGAAAAUAGAAUAUCAAGCAGACCGAAUCCAAAUAUUAAAUCCAUUCAAAACAAGCAGAAACCAAAAGCACAUGUGAAUCAGAAACCGGAGGAUAGAAAUGCCAAAACAAAUCAAAAUGCACCGACAAAUGGGACGGCGGUUCGCGCUGAUGAUGGACCUAUCUGGGUUUGGGAACCACAAGAAAAGGCUACAAGCGCGGAACCAGGUUCCUUGGAUGACAGAUCAUCAUUCAGUGGUGACCCGUGUCCAACAGGGAAGGUGAAAAUACAUGGAGUUUGCUACGACAAAGAUGAAAUUACACAUUGA